AUGGUUCCUCAGGCUUUUAUCGCCGGCGCUAAGCGUACUGCGUUCGGUGCUUAUGGUGGAUCUCUGAAAUCGCUGACAGCCGCUCAACUCGGAGGACUCGCUUCCAAGGCCGCCUUAGCUCAGUUACCUGUGGACACGACGGUCGAUCAUGUGAUUUUCGGCACUGUUCUGGGUUCGGAUCCUUCAAGCGCAUAUCUGGCUCGCCAUGUCGGUCAUCUCAGUGGUUUACCCGUCACUGUACCGGCUUUGACGGUCAAUCGACUUUGUGGAAGCGGAUUCGAGAGCGCCAUCCAAGCUAAAAACUUAAUCGCUCUGGGUGAAGCUGAUGUGGUGAUCACGGGUGGGAGUGAGAGUAUGUCACGGUGCCCCUACACGUUGGCUGGUGAGAGUCGAUUCGGUAACCGCUAUGGCGUGGACCUGAAGCUGGAAGACAGUUUGGCGCACGCUCUUAUCGACCGGGUCCCUCAUCCGACCCCCAUGGGUAUUACCGCUGAGAAUCUGGCCGAUAAAUAUGCAAUCACUAGGGAGGAUUGCGAUCGCUUUGCUUUGGAAAGCCAAAGAAGAUGGGAACAAGGCAAAAAGGAUGGAGCAUUCGACCAGGAAGUCAUACCGGUCGAGCUGGUCUCACGCAAAGCGACUAUUCAAUUCAGUGUAGAUGAACAUCCCCGACCUAAGACAGACGAAACUUCGCUCAAGAAGCUUACACCGGUUUUCAAGAAAGAUGGCGUGGUGACAGCGGCGAAUGCGAGUGGGAUUUGUGAUGGCGCAUCUGCAAACAUAGUGGUUUCGGAGGCGUGGCUCAAAAAAACCCAAGUCAAACCCCUUGCAAGAAUCGUAAGCCAUCAUACCGUCGCCGUGGAUCCAACUAUCAUGGGAAUCGGCCCGGUUGGGGCUAUUAAAGGUGCUCUGAAGUUAGCGGGACUCAGCAUCGGUCAGGUAGAUCUUUUCGAUGUCAAUGAAGCAUUUGCCGCUCAGUGGUUGGCAGUCGCCAAAGAAUUAGAGCUACCCUUUGAUCGUUCCAAUAUGUUUGGAGGUGCGAUUGCACUGGGGCACCCGUUAGGCGCAUCAGGGGCCAGGAUUCUCAACAAUUUGACUUACAACUUGAUCCGACUUAAUAAAAGAUACGGUGUGGGGGCCGCUUGUAUCGGCGGGGGUCAAGGCAUUGCUGUAGUAUUGGAAAAGUGCUGA